AUGCGAAUUUUAUCCGCAUUCUUUACCGUACUCUUCACCUUCAUCAAUCCUUGCAUGAUGUACAAAGUAGUCACAGAAUUGGAAGCAUGUUUUUCGCAUCAUCUACCCGAACGAUUACGAAUACGAGUAAUCGAAGCCGUCUGCAAUUACGUCUUUACCAACAAUCUCAGUGCACGAAUACGUCUGGCUGUAUACGUAACAGUGAUUCUCUUCACGUUGAUACAUCUGAUGCUAACUUGUUUGUCUCUCUAUGGAACCUAUUCCUGCCGACCAAGCUUCAUUCGACCGUUUUUGUUCGAUGCUGUGUUCAGCACGGUGCUUCUCUUAUUAUUCGUUGCUUUCUCGGUUCUUAUAUAUGUACAAUUAACUUCAAGCGAAGACCUUGAAAAUAGAGAAGAUGCGAUGAAAGUUCAUUUGAGGAAUGUCUAUGUUGGAGCAGCUUUUCUACUCUCUUACCUAGUAUGGAUGAUAAUUACGAUAAUUGCUUACAUCGACACGAAAAAAUUACAUGCAGACUUCAUGUACUGGAUCGUUGAAGAGCGUGUUAGCAUGAAAUCAAAAGCUAAUGUCUCGUCGGAUUUGAGAUCUGACCGAUCAUCAAAAGGUUCGCGAGCUUCAAGAGCUAGCCAUGCUAGUCAUGCUAGUCGUACUAGCCAUACAUCGAACCGUAGCACUCGGUCCGAAUUACCUAGGAUGAACUCAGUGCAAACUGCUGGUGUGCGCACUAGUGCAUCGCUGUUGAAUACUACCUUAUCAGUUCCUUUGUGA